CACGUGCAGCCGCGGGAGCGCUAGUGCACGGGCUCACGUCAUGCAUCGUUGGAUCCACGAAGCUUACCCAUCUCCAACCUACAACGCCCCAUCACUCGCCUUCGCCUUCAACUAUCGUGAUUGCGCAUCGCAAAGUAAUAUCGAUCGACUCCCGCGAUGGCUGGUCCCAAAUACCAGAACGUUCCCCAGCGCGACUCCUUUGAGGAGUCGUCGCACGCCCAAGCGCCACCCACCUACCAGGCAGAAGACCCUCAGCAGGCGCUCCUUUCAGGAAUCCCCCGAAGCGAAAAUGAUAACUUGCCGGACGAUUUCAAGUUUGGUGGUGUGGUAGCUGAGGCGACUAUUGACAUCCGUAUGGCCUUCAUCAGGAAGGUGUACGCUAUCCUGACUGUCCAACUCUUCGUAACCGGCGGUGUCAGCGCGCUCUCCAUGACUUCGAAUUCCUACCGAAACUGGAUCCAGGGUCACCAGUGGAUGAUGUUUGUGUCGCUCAUCGGCACCUUUGUCUUCCUCGGCCUCACCUUUUGGAAGCGCAAGUCGUACCCCAUGAACUUGGUCUUCCUUGCUGGUUUCACCGCCACGGAAGCAUACUCCGUCUCCGUCAUUGUGUCCUUCUACGAGUCCCGCAUCGUCCUUACUGCGCUGGCGUUCACACUAGGCAUCUUUGUUUUGCUGAGCUUGAUCGCCUGCCAGAGCAAGUAUGACUUUACACACUGGGCCCCGUAUCUCUUUGGCGCUGUCUGGAUCGCGAUCAUGUUCGGCUUCAUGGCGGCAUUCUUCCCGUACAACAGCAAGGUCGAGCUUGGCUACGGUAUUGUCACAGCUUUGAUCUUCUCCGGAUAUAUUCUGGUCGAUACUCAGUUAAUCAUGCGCCACUACCACGUUGAGGAGGAGAUCGCUGCGGCGAUUUCGCUCUACCUCGACAUCAUCAACCUGUUCCUUGCUAUUCUCAGGAUCCUGAACUCGCAGCAGAAUGAUUAAGCUUGCAAUGCAACUCGGUUGGCUCUAUUGGCGCAAAUUGCAAGGCGUUCGGGGUGUUGAAGAUAUAAAUGUAGUGUAUCGAGGUUAGAGUACUUGUGUGCUUUUGCUAUAUCGACAAAUUCAUAAUGCAUUAGUACCAUGCCAGCGACGAGAUCCACAGUUUGCUGUCGUGUCCGAAAACUCAAUCACGUCGUUCAUGAUGGACCAAUCACGUCU